UGUACACGCACUUCAGUCUCAAUGAGAACACGACAACUGGUGCUGCUGUACGGUUAACUGGGAGUGAUGGGAGUGAACUGGAUCUCAUGGAGCUCAGCAGUAACUGUCAUCAUUACUCUCCUACACAUCCAAGGUGUGGUGAGCAUCACAACCAUGACUGUUACUGUGGAGGAAGGUCAGACGCUGUCUUUCAGGCGUAACUACACACGGGAUUCUCAGAAAAGUACUUCUACUUACUUCUUAAAGUACUUCUACCGGGUGGACAGCAAAGUGUCCAACAAUCUGAUAGUGACCAAAGGACCCGACCAGCUGUGGGAAAACGGCCGUUUCUCUCUGUACGACAACUCGGCUGAAGCUUGUGUUAUCGUCAGGGUGGACAAGGCUUCCGCUGAGGACAGUGGGACCUACUGGUGCGGGGUGGAUGUCAGCGCUCAUCCUGAUGACAUCACUGUGGUGCAGCUGACUGUUGUGGCAGGUACAGUACGUAUGUUUGUACUGGAUGCAGGCAUAUUUCACCCGGGGAGCGACUUCGUCCUCAUGUCUCCACCUGCGAAGCAUGAGAACCGUGCAGAGCCUCUGCUCUCAUACUGCACAUGUUCCUCUUUCUAUUUCUAUGAAACAGCUACAGGUUAUUGCAAAUGCAGGUGUGCAUUUCCCAAGCUAAAUGUGUUUCUUUGCCCUCCAACGACAGCGGACUCUCCAGACAUUCUCUGGCGUUCCAGUAAGUGCACUGUGACUUCAAUAACGCACCAGAUUCAGCAGAUUAUGAGUGACAUAGAAAGUCUUUGUGCUUCUGUUGCACUUUCAGCUACAGUGCAGAUGAUCCCUACUGCAGUCAUUCAGGUCAGCAACCCCCUGUUCCUUACUGCAGUGAUGUGUGUGGCGGCGAUGCUGUUCGUGUGUGUGUUCACACUCGGUCUCAUGUUGACCGUCAAACACAGGAGUUCAGCUCCGAGUCACAACAGACAGACGUCAGCUGAUUACGAGACAAUGAUGCCCAGUGUACAGAACCAGCCUGAGCCCUGCUGCCCGUGUCCAGACUGUGUCGAUCCCUCAGCAUUUUCAUCUCCACCACCCAACGUCUGCGCCAACUCCAGAUCAAAUGAAUAUGCGGCCGUCGACGUGCUAGAACACAGUUGCCAGUACCAAAGUCUGGAUGACAUCCAGGGAGAGGAGAAGGUUUAUCAGGACCUUUACAGGAACUGUGGUGUUAAAGAUGAGAGAGCAGUGUGAGCUAUACAGUACACACUUAGUUAAAAUGGGUUCAUUUUGAACUACUUAUGUCGACCUUGUACUCGCUGACAAAAAAGUGCAACAUUGUUUGAAUAAAUAAAAUAACUAAGUUUAACUAA